CCUGUUCCUCCAGAGCUUGUGAUACACUGACUUAAUGGUCGCUAACAGAUGCAUGAAAUGGGCCCCACUGCUCCACCCAAUCAACCCCACUGCCUUUGCACCUGGAGCCAAAUCAGUGCACUCCAUCUCGCCGCAUGCCCUCACAGAUACCCCGCUGAAUUAAUCAAAACACAACCAGGGAAAUGGGGCAGCCAGCUCCACAAAUCUCACAUCCUCUGUGAAAUGAACACCUCCUGGAUGUCCUCUCUUCAGAAGAAAAGGAAAAAUGUUCACAAUGUGGCUAUAGAAGUAGAAUGAGUGGGCGAUCCCUAAGCGGUGCCUGCUGGCUUUUCCUUUUUUACGCUUUUUCCCAGGCUGGGAAGUUGUGAUACGAUCCCUUAGCCCUUUUGGCUGUCGGCGGAGCGCACUGUGAAGCCAAACAGCCCGAGCGGCAGAGACACAGACAGCAACAGCAGAUGAAGCAGCACGCGCACAUUCACUCACUCCCUCCCUCUCACCCUUUCACACACACAGACACACACACACGUGGAAACACACUUCCACAGACGCACUGGGAAGAGAGAGCAGAGCUGGGAGCCUCACAGCUGAUUUUUUGAUGCCCAGAAGGAGAAGCAAGACAGAGAGAGAUACACAAAAAUCUUGUGUGUUCGUGCAAGUGUGAGUGGGCAUGUGUGUGUGUGUAUGACGGUGUGUGUGGGUGUGUGUAUGUGUGUGAGUGAGCGCAGCUUGAGGAGGACUGUUGGUACAAACACACAGCCCGACGCAGCCAGGAAAGGAGGCGGCAGACUGUGAUUGGCAUGUUGAGCCCUGCUUCUGAUGCCAGGCACUGAGGAGAUCCUUUCACACACACACACACACACACACCUACACACAGACACACAUACAGACACAGUUUCUGUCACACACGGAGACACUGGAACUUAUGGACAGAGCUGAGACGGCAGGGAAGAACGGAAGUCUCACUCAUACACAACAACAACAACAACAACAACAACAACAACAACAGUGGACUCAUGAAGGAGCGACAGCAACGCGUCAGCCCUGGGUCAGUGGUGCAGUGAUCCGCUCUGAGUGAGUGGGCACUGAGCAGUGGCUGUGAGGGAUGGCGAAGCUGGCACAGCGUCCGUCUGCGUCCGCAGCGGCGUUGGCGGCGACCCUUCUCCCAUCGCUACUGCUGCUGCUGGCCUCUGCCCCCUCGUGCCAGGGAUGCCCGCCCCGCUGCGACUGCGUGGCCCAGCUGCGCUCCGUCUCGUGCCAACGCAGGCGCCUGACCGGCGUGCCUGAGGGGAUCCCCACAGAGACCCGCCUGCUGGACCUCAGCCGCAACCGCCUGCGCUGGGUGGCACCGGGUGAGCUGGCACCGUACCCGCGGCUGGAGGAGCUGGACCUGAGCGAGAACCUGAUCUCCACACUGGAGCCCAACGCCUUCGCCAGCCUACAGAGCCUGCAUGUGCUGCGGCUUCGAGCCAACCAGCUCAAGCUGGUGCCGAUGGGAGCCUUCGCCAAGCUGGGCAACCUCACCAUGCUGGACCUGAGCGAGAACAAGAUCGUCAUCUUGCUGGACUACACCUUUCAGGACCUGCGCAGCCUACGCACCUUGGAGGUGGGUGACAAUGACUUGGUCUACAUCUCGCAUAAAGCAUUCACUGGUCUGCUAGCUCUGGAGGACCUGACUAUCGCCAGGUGUAACCUGACGUCCAUCUCCGGCCAGACCCUCUCCUACCUCCGUAACCUGGUGACCCUGCGCCUGCGCCACCUGAGCAUCACGGCCCUGGAGGACCAGAACUUCCGCAAGCUGUCGGCCCUCCGCGGCCUGGAGAUCGACAGCUGGCCCUACCUGGAGUACAUCUCCCCCCUCAGCUUCCAGGGCCUCAACCUGUCCUGGCUGUCCAUCACCAACACCAACAUCACCUCUGUGCCCUCCGCCUCCUUCCGCAACAUGGCCCACCUCACCUCCCUCAACCUCUCCUACAACCCCAUCCAGACGCUGGAGCCCUGGGCCUUCCGCGAGCUGCUGCGCCUCAAGGAGCUGCACAUGGUGAGCACGGGGUUGCUCGCGGUGGAGCCGCACGCACUGGCCGGGCUGCGGCAGUUGCGGCUGCUCAACCUGUCUGCCAACGAGCUGGUGACACUGGAGGAGGGCUCCUUCCACUCGGUGAACAGCCUGGAAACGCUACGCGUGGACGGUAACCCACUAGCGUGUGACUGCCGGCUGCUGUGGAUCCUGCAGCGGCGGCGCACGCUCAAUUUUGACGGGCGGGGGCCGGUGUGCGCGGGCCCUGCCGAAGUGCGAGGCACAGCUCUGAGCAGCUUCGCCGACUCUGCGCUGUUCGACUACUUCACGUGCCAGAAGCCGCGCAUCCGCAACCGCAAGCUGCAGCAGGUGACGGCUCGCGAGGGCCAGCCCGUGUCCUUCCUGUGCCGCGCUGAGGGCGAGCCGGCGCCCGCCAUCGUCUGGAUCUCGCCACAGCGCCGACGCAUCACACCCAAGACCGGUGCUGGUGGUGGCGCCAGCCGCAUCGUCGUCCUGCCCGGCGGCACACUGGAGAUCCGCUACACACAGGUGACCGACAGCGGCACCUACAUCUGCAUUGCCAGCAACGCUGGCGGCAAUGACACCUACUUCGCCACGCUGACGGUGCGAGGCGGCCUGGGCGGGAUGCCGGCGCUGGACGCGGCGCUCUUCGCCAACCGCUCACUCUAUUACAGCGGGGAUCUCAACGACACCAACUUCAACGGCACGCGCGUCUUCCUCAAGUUCACGCUGGACCUCACCACGAUCCUGGUGUCCACGGCCAUGGGCUGCAUCACUUUCCUGGGCGUGGUGCUCUUCUGCUUCCUGCUGCUGUUCGCGUGGAGCCGAGGCAAGGGCCAGCGCAGGAACAACUUCACCGUGGAGUACUCCUUCCGGAAAGGUGACGGCGGCGUCACUAGUGCGACCACGGGAGGGACUCGCAAGUUCAACAUGAAAAUGAUAUGAAACAACGCAGCCAGGGGCUCUGCAGGAGAGACCUGAAGACGCCCAACACACAAUCACACACAGCGCUCAGAGAGAAAAAAAAAGAACAAAAGAAAGAAAGAGAGAAACAAAUGAAGUGAAAUCUCGAUUCAGACUUUCUUUCUUCUGUAGCGGAUUGGUAAGAUAUAUAUAUAUAUAUAUAUAUAUCCUGGUUAGAUGACCUUGAUCUCACUGCCUCUUGGUUUGAUUCGUUCCUUCUCAGCUUGUGGUAUUGCCGCAGAUUUAACACAGCGAUAAAGCCACACUGCUUUUUACUCUCUACAGCCCUCUGAGUGUAGGCUUGCCAUUCUUUGAGAUAAAGACUUUAAUUUAAAACAGAGUAAAAGACAGGAACGUCUUGGUUAUCUUUCAAUCGCUGCUUUGUGGCGCUGUGAGGCGUUGGCAGCCCUGUCCCUCUCCAUCUAUCAUUUCUUUAUCAUCAGACGAGCAGGACGAGGACAAAAUAAAGGUCCUCGCCUCUCUACAGAAUGUUCCAGAGGUGAUGGAAGCUCAUGGUUUCUGACCGUGAGAGAGGUUCAAGACUGCCAGUCAAGCACAGCAAUCACGUCUUUUUUGUAGACAGAACUAGAGCUUGAAACCUGCAUGUAAAAUUGCAAUUUUAGACUUUAAAUGAAUAUGCUUAUGUUUAAUAUUGAUAAGAUAAAAGCAGUUACAUUUCAGACAUUAACAUCUUAACAGUGACACACUGCAUACAUUUCAUGAAUACAAUAUUUCAGAAAUAUACAUGCCACAGCUGAAUCAAGAGAUACGGAAAGAGAUGGUAUUGAGACAAGGCCACCGCCCCCAAAAAAGAAAAAUUAGAGACAGAAAGUAG